CUGACAGCUGAGACAACAACAGAGUGAAUCCACCUGCGCUCCGGUGUUUAUCCCGUGUUUAUCCCGUGUUCACCUCGUGUUCAUCUCGUGUUUAUCCCGUGUUUAUCCCGUGUUCACCGUGUCCGAGUCCCGCCCGGUGUCUCUCUCCCGGGUCUCCUCGUGCCUCCCUCUCUUCAUGCGGGCUCAGGUGUGCGUGGCGCUGUUUGUUUGGCUGCUGAACGAUGCGGCGACUCAUCAGUUCACCGAGGAGGAGAUGGCCGCUGUCAGGCAGCGAAUCAAAUCCAUGUUCUACCACGCCUACAACAGUUACCUUGACAACGCUUUCCCCUACGACGAGCUCCGCCCACUCACCUGUGACGGACAAGACACCUGGGGCAGUUUCUCACUCACUCUGAUCGAUGCUCUCGACACUCUGCUGGUUUUGGGAAACCGCACAGAGUUUCAGCGCGUGGCGUCGCUCCUCCAAGACACCGUGGACUUUGACAUCGACGUCAACGCUUCCGUGUUUGAAACCAACAUCAGAGUGGUGGGUGGUCUGCUGUCGGCUCACCUGUUGGCAGGAAGGGCGGGGAUGGAGCUGGAGCCCGGUUGGCCCUGUUCAGGCCCACUGCUGAGGAUGGCCGAGGACGCCGCCAGGAAACUGCUGCCUGCGUUCCAGACUCCCACCGGCAUGCCGUACGGGACGGUGAACCUGCUGAACGGCGUCAGUCCCACCGAAACGCCCGUAACUUGUACCGCCGGCGUGGGAACCUUCAUCCUGGAGUUCGCCACGCUGAGUCGACUCACAGGAGACGCAACGUUUGAGGACGUAGCCCGCCGAGCCCUGAGAGCCCUGUGGCAGACCAGAUCUGACAUCGGACUGGUGGGGAACCACAUCGACAUCCUGUCGAAGAAGUGGGUGGCGCAGGACGCUGGCAUCGGAGCGGGCGUCGACUCCUACUUUGAGUAUCUGGUGAAAGGCGCCAUCAUGCUGCAGGACGAGGAGCUGCUCGACAUGUUCCAGGCGUACGAUCGAGCCAUUCAGAACUACACCAGAUUUGACGACUGGUACCUGUGGGUCCAGAUGCAUAAAGGAACCGUCUCCAUGCCUGUUUUCCAGUCUCUGGAGGCCUUCUGGCCCGGCCUGCAGUCUCUCGUGGGGAACCUGGACAGCGCUGUAAGAACUUUCCAGAACUAUUACUCUGUGUGGAGGCAGUUUGGAGGUCUGCCGGAGUUUUACAGCAUCCCUCAAGGUUACACUGUGGACAAGAGAGAGGGAUACCCGCUGAGACCAGAGUUAAUAGAGAGUGCCAUGUACCUGUUCAGGGCGACAGGUGACCACACCUACCUCCAGCUGGGCCUCGACGCUUUGGAGUCCAUAGAGAGGAUCGCCAAGACGCCCUGCGGAUACGCCACUGUUAAAGAUCUGCGCGAUCACCAGCUGGACAAUCGGAUGGAGUCUUUCUUUCUCGCUGAAACCAUCAAGUACCUCUACCUGCUGUUUGACCCCGCCCACUUCCUGCACGGCGGCGGGACCGAGGGGGACGGGGCUUGGGAGGAGGGAGGUGACGGGGGGCAGUGCGUUUUAGGGGCCGGGGGGUUCAUCUUCAACACGGAGGCUCACCCUCUCGACCCGGCGGCGCUGUACUGCUGCAGCCGCCACGCCCAGGACCGACAGGAGCUCCGAGACCUCCUCCUCAGCCUAUCGCAGCCCGCAGAAAAGUCCAGCAGCCAAUCGAAGCCGCCCACCAAACAGACAGAAGGCCCUCCCCCAAGCCAAUCGGAGAGCAUCGCACUAAAACCGGGCGAGAAGAAGACGCGACCCCUGUUGUCCUGCCCGGUUCAGCCGUUCAGCGCUCGACUCUCCGUCCUGGGACAAGUUUUCACUGAUGACACCUGACACUCGGAUCACAGGAUGACCAGGAACUCUUGAUAUCUGGGCUCGAUUCACUCUUUGGAGUCAGCGGGCGUUUCUUUCUCACUGUUAUUUUUUUUUGUCAGCUUGUCAGAGAACUAAAGGCCAAUUUAUCAGAAUCCGAAUCAGCUUUAUUUGCCUGGUAUGUGUGCACAAACGAGGAAUUUGACUCAGGAUUGUAGAAUGCUCACAAUAAUGCUUGCCGUUGUGAGCUUUUAUACUUGUGCGUUGGUGUCUGCGUCGCUUUGCAGUUACUGCUAGUUGGCGGCAGGUUUCAAUUGUCAUGCAAAUUUUAAAAGUACUUUUGAAAUGUCAAAAAAAACUAAAUAAAUAAUUGUGAAACGUGCGUUUCCAUCAGCUGGUUUGGAAACCUGGUUACGGUAGGAGCCGACGUUACACAUGGCUGUAAUAAACAAGACGUCUGGGUUCCAAACCAGAAACAAAUCCAGUCGCAUGAACCUGAGGGCCACUGAUCUGAGAAAAACAGAGAGAGGUCCCUCAGGAAUGUGUUUCAAGCGGGCAAGUUGCUACCAGCCUUGUUUCCACACGUUAAGGGAAUAUCCGGUGUUAUGCCGAGUUCUGCAACGCUAUAAUAUCCUUUGUGGGGUUCAUCAAUGGUGAUAAAUGAUUUGAAGUAUUUAUUUUAUGAACGUUUAGAGUCGUUAAAAUUUUAUUACACUCCGUAGAAGCAGCAUUCACUGAGAUUGAGCAAAAAUAUGCGGUGAUGACCCCGUUUGAUCAGCGUGCAGAGCAAAGGAUCUGAGAAGGACCUUUAAGAGGUGAAUGCAUAAUUCAGCAGAACAGCUGAUGAAGGCUUCCUGCCCAGAUUUGCAUCAACCUCUUUUCUCAGCACAAAUGAGCGUAACCAGCCGCGAGGUGCAGGAAAUUCUUGGCAGGCGUGCAGAACCUCUGCACAACCGGGCGAGACGCCGACAGCAGAAACAGCUGAUCAGAUGUGAGUUACAAGUUCACUGCGUCAGAACUUAUUCAGAAAAAGUGUUUCCAUCUCCCAUUUAGCGAAUUUACUCUUUUUCGACAAAAAACACCUCAAGCGAGCGUAAAAACUUUUUUUGCUAAAUUAAGGAUUUUUUCCCCGAAAUUUGUCGUUUCCAUCGACCUUUUCAAAUGCGAUACUUCAAGAUGCGCGUUAAAAAACAUUGAUGGAAACACGGCGAGAGUUAAGUUUCUUCUUCUUCUUCCUCCUCGCUGGCUGCUACAAACAAUGGCGGCUGAAACUGAGCGUGGAGUUGCAGCUGAUCGAUGUUUAACAACAGCUGCUUUAGACAACGCGGAAAUGCAAUGCUACCAGUUCUUGCGGUCUGCGUUACAUUUCUAGUGAGGUGGCGUGCGGCGUAGAGCAACUCUGUAUAAAUUAGUAACACAAACAGCCGCUGAGACAUUAAAAUAUCACAAUAGGAGCAAUGAGGUUCCAAACUGGUUUAAGCCCAAUGUGGCAAAAUCAAACAGAUUUAACAUCAUUCAUAAAUCUGUUUGUUGUGACGACGGCACCCAAGUGACCCAAGAACUCGGACCUUGACCUUGUGUUGUCUCUGUAGCUCUAAUUUAUACUGAAGGUGAAAUAUAUUUUUAUUUAAA